AUAACUGAGAUCCCACUGCUCCAUCACUGACUCUGAGUCUCUAGUCUCAUCUCAAUAACCUUUCAGAUUCUACAGAUAACUGUUAGGGCGAGACCACUGAACAAGUACAGAGGGUGUGAACAUCAGACUCCUCCUGUUGGUACAUUCCGUCCCACCCCCAUCCUUUGCAAUAGAUGCGGCCGUGACUGCCUGUUCCUUCCGGUGUGACCUGUUCAGCCGCCAAAGCUUUGUACAUCUCAGUUUGUGAUUAGACUCUCAGGGUUUGCUUGGGCACAUUUUGUUGUGGCAACAGGAUGCCUAUAAAGAGACGGCGAAUAGAGAACUUAAAUGUUCAGGAGCCGAACAUAACUGUCCCCAAAAAGAAAGAUAAUGAUAUAACCGUUAGUCAGAGAAAAGAACAGGAUGAAAUGACCAGUAAAUACUUCCAGAACAGACUCCAAUCAGACUUCUACAAUCAGGCGUGUACUGAUCUGGCCAAAUCCUUCCUGGGGCAGAUAUUGGUCCGGAAGCUGCCAGAUGGAACAGAACUCCGAGGACGGAUUGUAGAGACGGAGUCCUACUUGGGGGGAGAGGAUGAAGCCUCACACUCAAAGGGAGGAAAACGCACAGAGAGGAACAAAGCUAUGUACAUGAAGCCAGGAACAGUAUAUGUGUAUCAGAUCUAUGGCGUCUAUUUCUGCAUGAACAUCUCCAGCCAGGGUGACGGUGCCGCUGUUCUUCUGCGAUCUCUCGAGCCUUUGGAGGGUCUUGAUGUGAUGAGAAAGUUUAGAGAACUCAGAAGAAAAGAAAAGGCUAAAGCUCUUAAAGACACUGAACUCUGCAAUGGGCCUUCUAAACUCUGCCUGGCACUUGAUAUGGAUAAGAGUUUUGACAAGAGAGAUCUCUCUAAUGAUGAAAUUACCUGGUUGGAACCAGGAUCUAAGAUACUAGACAAAGACAUUGUAUUUUGCCCACGAAUCGGCAUCAGCUACGCAGGGGAGUGGACUAAAAAACCUCUUAGAUUUUAUGUAAAAGGAAACAAAUACGUAAGUGUGCGAGACAAAAUGGCUGAAGCACUUAUGGUGUAAAUGCACAAGUUUAUGAGACAAAACCGGUAACGGUAUAUAAUGGUAAUCUUCAACAAAGCACCUUCAAGGGGGCACACUGCCCACACCAAAUGCCAAAAGGGCACCACUGUAUCUAUUCUAAUUGUAUAAAAAAUAUAAAAUGAUAAAAUUAAAAAAGGGGCAAUGUGUGGAAUGCACUACAACAAUAACCAAAAAGUUGUGACUUAUAAAACUAGAAAAAUAUCCAACAGAAAUCUGAAAAUGAGAAAAGAGGUCAGGAUACGGCAAAGCAAAGUCCAAAUAAGUGUGUGAUGUCCAGGUAAGUAAGUCAAGUCACUCUAAAAUCAAACAGAAAACAAGGGGCGCCUUAUAUAUUUCUGUAAUCAGUGAUGGACAGAUGGUAAAAUGAAAAUCACAAUUGAAGCAGACUGACAUUUACAGUGGUCCGCACACUGACCGAUACCCUCGGCUGUGGAUUAUAAAUUGGAAGAUUCUCCUGUGAUGAACCUGGUGUGGGCACUGGUCUCCCCUCUAGUAUCCAAGGCUCCAUGAUCAACAGGUACCUCCAAAGACUCGGACUGCUAUUGAUAAGCAAGUUAGUUCCAAGCACUGUGGAAAUAAGAACGUAGAAUCCGGCUACCGAGAGAGCAAUAAAUACGAACAGAAAAGAGAACAAAACAGAA